AACAUUUUUCAUAUCAUUAAAAACAAAAUAAGAGAACUUUUUGUUAAGGUAAAUAUUUAUCUGUGUAUAGAAGAAUAUAUGUUCCCGUCCUUUAUAAACAACAAAGUGUUCGUGUUAAGAAAUGUUAUUCAACAAUUUAGAUUAUUAAAAGAACUAGUCAUCAAAAUAAUAAAUAUAAUAACAUUGAUUAUAUCGAUAUGCCCAUAUAAUAAUGAAAGAAUUAUUUUAGAAAAUUUAAGAAAACGAAAUAUUAUAAAAAAGGAAAAUAAUAAAAUAAUAAAUCGUAUGGAGAAAAGAAAUGAUGAAGAGAAAUAUACAAACAUAUCAAGUUUUGAUAUGAUACAUAUAACUAAUAUAUGUGAUGAUGAUAAAUUAUUUGUAUAUAAUAAACAAUAUGAAAAUAAAUCUUUAUAUAAUAAUUUUUCUAUUGUUGAAAAAAAAAGGCCUUUUAUUAAUUUUCUUCAAGAAAAAGAAAAAAUUAUUUUGUCACAAUUCAAUGAUUUUAAAAAUUACCAAACAAAAAACAAUCAUAUAAUUCUUUUCAUAUUAAAAAAAAUUCAGAGAAUAUUACAAUACAUUCCACAAUCUUUAAAAUUUUUAAAAUCUUAUAUUUCCUAUCGUUUAUGUGAAAUAAACAGAUUUGGAAAUUUCUAUAUAAAUAAUUCUCCAUUGAUUACAAAUUUGUUAGAUAAAACAAAUGAAUUUAUAAAAUCCAUAGAGAACUUUAAUUAUAUUCAUAUUCAUAAUAUUAUUUAUACAAAAUUAUCUUAUAUUAAUUAUCAUACACCAUACUUAUAUAAACAACAUAUAACAUACAUUAAUAAUAUAAACCAAACUUUUAAUAAAGCAAAAGUACACACAUAUGAUAAAUUACAAAAAAACUUAAAAGACCUUCAAAAUUUUAAAAAAGAUAAUAUACAGUUGAAUAUGAAAUUAUUAAAAAGUAAAAAGGAAAAUAAAAAACUCAAGACCGUAAAUCAGGAGACGUUAAACAAUUUUAGGAACAUACUCUUGGAAAACCAAGAAUUGUCCCUCAACAAUCAAUAUUUAAUAAAUUCCAUAAAUAGCAAAAGAGAAGAUAAACAAUAUUCAAAUGAUAACAAUAAUAUUCAAACAUAUGCAGAGAAAAUAUACAACUUCAUUUCACAUACUGACGAAGGAAAAAAAAAUUUUAAUAUAAAAGAAAAACAGUUAAUCGAAGCAUAUAUCUCCUCUUGUAUAAAAAUAAAUAAUUUAAAUAUGGAAAUCCAAAAUAAUAAACACAUUUUAGAAGAGUUACAAAACUUGUUCAACAUAAAAGAGAAUGAAAUAAAAAACUUGAAUACACAAAUAGACACAUAUAAGGAAGAGGAAGUUAAUAUUCACAAAAAAUAUGAAGAACAGAUGAACACAUUACACGAUUUAAUUGUAAGCUUAGAAAAGCAAAUAACCAAAAUCAACUCCGAAAAAAAUGUGAACAAAUUCUUUAUUAUGUGCUCUAUAUGUUCUAACAAAAAUAAUAUAGGGGCUAUUUUAAAAAACAGAAAAUGCAUAAAGUGUAAUUCUUUCAUUAUUUUUAUGAAUGAAUAA